UGCCCAAGCAUGCAGCACUGCCCCUGAAUCAGCACUUGAGCUGAAGCAGAUCAGUCACUGUCCCAGCCUUUCAAAUCUUACCCAGGUCACCAUGGUGCCAUUGGGGCACUUAGCCAAAGGGGCCACUUUGGAAGAUCUUCUUGAAACCUGCAUUCAGUCUUUUGAUUUAGAAGGAAAUGCAUAUCAAAACAACCAGCUGCUAAAGAUAAUUCUGGCCAUGCAUCAGUUCAUCAUCUCCUCUGCAGACAUGCUUCAGAAACUCAUUGAUCUCUAUCUUAAUGCUUUAGAAAAUAAAUCUUCCAUGCUGUGUGUAAAGAUAUGCUAUUUUGUAAGGUACUGGAUUACAGAAUUCUGGGUUAUGUUCAAAAUGGACUCUAAACUAUCAACAACUAUGGAGGAAUUUCAAGAACUGGUUAAAGCUAAUGGUGAAGAGUUACACUCUCGUCUAAUUGACACAUCUCAAAUAAAUUCUAGGGAUUGGUCUAGAAAGCUGACACAGCGUGUGAAGGCCAACACCAGUAAGAAACGGAAAGUCUCACUUCUUUUUGAUCACCUUGAGCCAGAAGAGCUGUCAGACCACCUUACCUAUCUUGAGUUUAAGUCUUUCAGAAGAAUAUCAUUCUCAGAUUAUCAGAACUACAUUGUGAAUAGUUGUGUGAAGGAGAAUCCAACAAUGGAAAGAUCAAUUGCUCUUUGCAAUGGUAUCUCUCAGUGGGUGCAGCUAAUGGUUCUCAGCAGACCAACACCACAGCUUCGGGCUGAAGUGUUCAUCAAGUUCAUUCGUGUGGCACAGAAGCUUCACCAGCUGCAGAAUUUCAAUACAUUAAUGGCAGUGAUAGGAGGUCUCUGUCACAGUUCCAUUUCCAGACUCAAGGAAACAAGCUCAUGUGUUCCUCAUGAUGUAAUUAAGGUGUUUAAUGAAAUGACGGAACUGCUUUCAUCUUACAGAAAUUAUGAUAGUUACCGACGUGCCUAUAAUGAGUGCAGUAAUUUUAAGAUCCCAAUCCUUGGGGUCCACCUGAAAGACUUGAUAUCACUUUAUGAGGGCAUGCCUGACUACUUAGAGGACAAAAAAAUUAACAUAUACAAACUAUACUCUCUGUAUAACCACAUAGAUGAGCUGAUACAACUCCAGGAAAUGCCACUUCCCCUGGAGGCUAAUAUGGACCUUGUUCAUUUGCUUACACUGUCCCUUGAUCUUUACUACACAGAAGAUGAAAUUUAUGAGCUUUCAUAUGCACGAGAGCCACGAAGUCACCGAGCUGCUCCUUUGACACCUUCCAGACCACCAGUAGUUGCAGACUGGGCCUCAGGAGUAGCCCCAAAACCUGAUCCAAAAACCAUCAGUAAACAUGUUCAGAGGAUGGUAGAUUCUGUCUUCAAAAAUUAUGACCAUGAUCAAGAUGGAUACAUUUCCCAGGAAGAAUUUGAAAAGAUAGCCACGAGUUUUCCAUUCUCGUUUUGUGUAAUGGCUAAGGACUGGGAAGGUCUGAUUAGCAGGGAUGAAAUAACAGCUUACUUUAUGAGGGCUAGCUCAAUCUAUUCCAAAUUAGGACUUGGCUUUGCUCACAACUUCCAAGAGACCACUUACUUAAGGCCUACUUUCUGCGACAACUGUGCUGGAUUUCUAUGGGGAGUCAUUAAACAAGGAUACAGAUGCAAAGACUGUGGAAUGAACUGUCACAAGCAAUGCAAAGAUCUGGUUGUGAUAGAGUGCAAGAGAAGACCCAAAACUUCAGUUGCAGACAGCAGCCCAACAUCUGCUCUUGCUUCAAGCCUCUGCCCAGUAGGAGUCAAAGAGCAAUUCCAUGGACAAGAAGAAGGACCAUUCACAUUUCCUAAUGGAGAAGUAGUGGAACACAGUGAAGACAGCAAGGACCGAACCAUUAUGCUCAUGGGUUCCUCAGCUCAGAAAAUCUCAGUGAGACUGAAACCAGCUGUGGUUCAUAAAGGUACACAGACUGAUCCUGCACUGCUGGCUGGUGAUGUAUCUCGUAGGCAGACAGAGAAGAAAGAACACAGGAUGCCAGAAAAUCUUUAUCUUCAGGCAGCUCCAUCAUCCCCAUGUCCAAGCCCAAUUCUAGGCCGCAAAAAGGCCUAUGUUAAAUGGGAAAACAAGGACUCCAGCCAUAAAGUGAAGGAGGAGCAUCACAGCUGUAAACCCUCAUACCAGGAACUUGAGCAGGAAAGAAAUAUUCUAAAGGCAGACAAUGAAGGUUUAAAGAUCCAACUGGACCAGGCACAUAAAACAAUUGAAUCUCUCACAAUCCAGAGAAGAAACCAUGUUGUUGACAACCUACAACACAGAGACUGCUCCUAGAAUGUAAGACUGAAGGAGGGGUUGUGAUAAAGCUGCUUUACCAAGUGAACUGGAGAGACAGUCUGAAGGAUGUUAACAGAAAUACUCUCUUUACUCAACACAUUUCCAUAUUAAACAUACACUCCUGAUUUUAUAACUCCAUUCCUUUGACUUUUUAAGGUAAUUUAGCAUUAUCUGUGCAAUGAAAAUAGUAUCUUCUGGGUUUGCUUUUAAAAGGAGUGGCAUUGUUAAUGAAGUUUCUGUGCAUGAUUAAGACCAUGUGGAUUCCCCAGUGACUUGGCUGCCAGCAGCACACCUUAUUCUACAAGUAGCUAUUCACAACUGUUUCACUUCAGAUUUGGCCUAAAUUCAGGUUUGUAGAAACAAAUGUUCAAUAAAUCUGAGUAUUUAAGUAAAAAAAAUAUUCCACUAAGAGAAACAGUUCCUUCUCAUUGUGACUGAAACCAGUGAAAAUCAUGAACUGCCAUCUUUAUUUCCAAAGUUUAACAAGAAUAUUAAAAUAAGUAGUUAAGAUAGUGAUAAUUGAUUAUUUGAUUCUUACUUUAAGAUAAACUGACAAUUUUUGUAAACCUCUUUCAGAGCUUUAGAAGUCCUGCUGCUCAAAUGCCUACCUUUGUUAAAGUAAAAUAGAUGAGACUAUAGAGUUUACACUGAAUACUGCUUCCAUUCUUGUGUUCCAUGCCACAGCUUGGAACACUUAGCCCUACUUACCUGGCUUAACGGGUAACUUGUCCACAUACAGUAGAUAUGGGACAAGGUUCAACUCUGACUCUCAUGUCAGAGUGGACAUCGUUGAUUAGAACCUCAAGGGCCAUAUGAGGGAAACUGUACAGUAAUCCCAGUGUAACAGUUACUGUAUUCUAGAGCUCCGAACAUCUUCUGGUUCUAAGCAAGUUUUCUCCAUUUCUCUCUCCUCUAUUUCACAUGCACUUUAGGUAAAGAAUCAAGAUUGAGUGUGCUCUUCCAUGUGUAAAUUCUGUAUAGUAAAAGGUGCUAGGGAGGUAACUCAGUUUUCUUAAAGCUACAAAGUGUACAUAUUCUUAAGAGACAACAAAACAGUCUAUCGUUACCAAUAAAUC